AUGGGCCAGGGCCGGGGCUCGCAGACGUUGUGGGACUCGCUACGCGAGCUGGACGUGCCCAAGCGCACCCGGCGCCCACGGCACCCCCGGGAGAGCGCGAGGAGAGCGGCGAACGGGCGUCGCCCGGCGGCCGCCUCGCCCCUCAACGGGAAAGGGCCGCUGCUCCCCUGCCCGUUUCUCCCACCACGCRAAGGCCACUUCCCCGGCGCGUUGGACGCCUUCUCCUCGCCGCCCUACCUGGACGAGGAGGACUUGUUCGCCGAGGCGCCCGCGCGGGACGUCCUGGGCGCCGAGGGGCUGCUGGAGUCCGACGUGGAUUUCCUGAGCCGGCAGCUGCACGAGUACUACCGCGAGGGCGCGGAGCCCGCGGGCGGCUACUGCUGCGAGGCGGCGGGCGCCGCCUUCGCCUCCUCGCCCGCCUCGCCGCCCUUCGCGCUCGGCUGCUGCGGGGCGGCGGGCGCGGCGCUGCUCUCGCCGUCGGGGCGGCUGCAGGCGCUGGGCUCGGGCCGGCGGCGGCGGCGGCGGGCGCGCUCCGAGGCGGAGCUGCAGCAGCUGCGGCAGGCGGCCAACGUGCGCGAGCGCCGGCGGAUGCAGUCCAUCAACGACGCCUUCGAGGGGCUGCGCUCGCACAUCCCCACGCUGCCCUACGAGAAGCGCCUCUCCAAGGUGGACACGCUGCGCCUCGCCAUCGGCUACAUCAACUUCCUCAGCGAGCUCGUGCAGUCCGACCUGCCGCUGCGCAGCGCCAGCAGCGAGGGCCCCGCUCAGCCCAAGAAGAUCAUCAUCUGCCACCGAGGCACAAGGUCUCCCUCUCCCAGCGACCCCGACUACGGCCUCCCCCCGCUGGCCGGUCACUCGCUCUCGUGGACUGACGAAAAGCAGCUCAAGGAACAAAACGUUAUCAGGACAGCCAAAGUGUGGACCCCCGAGGACCCCCGCAAGCUCAACAACAAGUCRUCCCUCAACGACAUCGAGAACGAGCCUCCUUUCGACUUCGUGGCGUGA